AUGCCGACUCCGAGUGACAACACACCACCCCUGAAUGCUUCCUCGAUCGCUGAAGAAAUCUCCGCCCGCUCCACUUGCCCUCCCGAGAUCGAGAGAUUGCCCUCCUGGAGAGACUCGCGCGAAUCGUCGACCACAGUAACGGAGAGUGAUGCUCCCGACAGCGCCUUCACUCCGACCGUCGCAUCGACACACACCGUCCUGACUCCUGCCGACGAUGCGGUCGCUCCGUCAAAUGCAGAUCCCUUGAGGGGUGAGCCGGUAUCCGAUGCUCCCAUGAAAGGCGUCGCAAGGCCUGAAGAUGAACCCGCUGCGGGGAGAUUAAGCCCUGCGGCCGCUGCGGAGCCCUCGCGCUCGUCCACCCCGUCGGCCCCCGUCACUUCUCCGUCGGCCACUUCGCUGCUCAGCUAUGAAUUUUCGAAUAUACGGCUUCUUCCCAAUUAUACAUCGUCCUUUCUGCGCCCGGGGAGCAAAUUCACCGGCACCCAGCAGUCGGACCGUCAGGUAUACAGCGUUGAUGUAGAGAUCAAACACGUUGAUAUGCUCGAGUCCUAUCUCUGCGGAUACCUCCGCAUACAAGGCCUCACCGAGGAUCACCCGACUUUGACAACCUUCUUCGAGGGAGAAAUCAUUGGGACCAAACAUACCUUUAAGACCAGAAAUGAAGCAUGGGGCGCGACAGAGAAAACGGAUAUGCACCAUUGGGCGAGAUUCCCUCCCUGGAGAACGCAGGCCAAGCAGGCUAAAAGGCCCGAUUUCACCUUUCGGAAUUUCGCCCAGCGUGAACACCUGUUCAUGCGGUGGAAGGAGUACUUCCUCGUUCCGGACCACCGCGUCAGAUCGAUCUCCGGCGCCAGUUUCGAAGGCUUUUAUUAUAUAUGCUUUAAUCAGGUCGAGGGAACUGUAAAUGGGAUAUAUUUCCAUGCAAAGAGCGAGAAAUACCAGCAGCUCGAGCUCCGUCACGUCGAGGAUCAUGGCUGUACGCCGGCCAUGGAAUUCCGUUAA